CCAGAGGCUCACCUUGGCAGUUAGAGGGGAGGUCAUCACCAUGACAGUGUCCUCGCAGGACUCCACCCCCUCGUCUAUGGCCGUCCUCUUCCUGCUUCUCCUCCUCCCUACUGUCUGCACGCAGAGCUCUGUCGUCCCGGCAACCCCAACCCCGUCACUGGUUGACCCACUGACCCAACCAGAGUGCAUGAAAAAAGAACACCCAAAAGUUUCCAUCCAAGCACUCAGUCCGUUGAUUUCCACUUUCUCCCACCCCGGCGUGAGAGACUACUCCCAGCUCACCCUUGACCUGACUAGGAAUGAGCUUAUUGUGGGUGCCAGAAACUACCUGUUCAGACUGGACCUCAGUAAUAUAUCGCUGAUACAGGCGACAGAAUGGGCACCGGACGAGGAGACCCGGAGGUCCUGUCUGAGCACAGGCAAAACAGAGACUGAAUGUCAGAACUACAUCAGAGUCCUGCUAGUGAACAAGACUGAGAUCAUGACCUGCGGGACCAAUGCUUUCCAGCCAUUAUGUAUUAGCAGAGAGGUGGGCAACAUGAGCAAUGUGCUGGAGCGGGUGAAAGGUGUGGCACGCUGCCCAUAUGACCCUCGUCACAACUCCACGGCGGUGGUGACAGAGAGUGGAGAACUUUAUGCGGCCACUGUCAUCGACUUCUUUGGCCGUGACCCCGUUAUAUACCGCAGCCUGGGUGGCAUGCCACGUCUCGCGACUGCACGGCACAACUCCAAAUGGCUCAAUGAGCCCCACUUCAUCUCAGCCUACGACAUCGGCCUCUUCGCCUUCUUCUUCCUGAGGGAGUACGCAGUGGAGCAUGACUGCAGCAAGACAGUUUAUUCCCGUGUGGCGCGAGUCUGCAAGAACGACAUCGGUGGGCGAUUUCUCUUGGAGGAUACCUGGACCACAUUCAUGAAGGCGAGGCUCAACUGCUCCCGCUCUGGGAAUAUCCCCUUCUAUUACAACGAGCUGCAGAGCACCUUCUACCUGCCAGGGCAAGACCUCAUCUACGGCAUCUUCACAACUAAUGUCAACACUAUUGCAGCAUCUGCGGUGUGUGCCUUCAAUCUGAGCGCCAUCACCAAGGCCUUCAACGGGCCCUUCCGCUCCCAAGAGAACCCUCGCUCUACCUGGCUUCCCACGCCCAACCCCAUCCACAACUUCCAGUGUGGUACUAUAGAUGACGGAGGUCCUGACAAGGGUUUGACGGAGCGCAGCCUACAGGAUGCCCAACGGCUUUAUCUAAUGAAUGACGUGGUCCAGCCAGAGUCUGUUGAUCCGGUGCUCGUGCAGGAUGACGUUCGCUUCUCCAACUUGGUUGUGGACAGUGUUCAGGGCAUGGACAGCCUCUACCAUGUUAUGUACAUCAGCACAGAAUAUGGCACCAUCUUAAAGGCACUGGCUACACCUAAUAAGAAUCUACAAGGCUGUUAUUUGGAGGAGAUGGAGCUUCUCCCACCAGGGGUGCGCGAACCAAUCCUAAGCCUGCAAAUCCUGCACAGCGACAGGUCGCUCUUUGUUGGGCUCAACAACCAAGUCCUGAAGAUCCCGCUGGAGAGGUGCUCCACCUACAAAACUGAGACGCUGUGCCUAGAGGCGAGGGACCCCUACUGUGGCUGGGAUUUCAGGCAGCACAGAUGUACCACACUAGAGGACAGCUCUAACAUGAGCCAGUGGAAGCAGAACAUCACUGUUUGUCCGCUGCAGAACCAAACCACCAAUGGUGACUUUGGACCCUGGGCGCCAUGGCAACCCUGCAACAAUGAUGAUGGUGUGGAUGGUGUGAGCACCUGUUUGUGUCGCUCCAGGUCUUGUGAUAGCCCACCCCCUCAAUGUGGAGGCAAAAACUGCGAGGGCCCCACCACUGAAGUCUCCAACUGCUCGAGGUUCUGCAACAAAGGGGUGUCCUGUCCUCAGCCUGUCUUCUGGUCCCCGUGGGGCUCCUGGACCAAGUGCAGUACCGAGUGCGGGGGAGGUAUCCACUCCAGGGUCCGCACCUGUGAGAAUGGCAAUAGCUGCCCAGGAUGUGCACUGGACUACAAGGCCUGUAACCUGGAGGCAUGUCCAGAGGUAAAGAGGAACACACCUUGGACCCCCUGGAUGCCUGUCAAUGUGACUCAGAGCGGAGCUCGUCAGGAGCAGAGGAUGCGCUAUAUGUGCCGGGCCCACCUGUCUGAUCCCCAUGAGCUGCAGAUUGGACACAGGAAGGUGGAGACGCGCUUCUGUCCCAACGAUGGUACAGCAGCCUGCGAGACAGACACCCUUGUCGAGGAGCUUCUGAAAACACUGGUGGUAAGAGUGGCAGGCACCGGCUGGUCUUCAUGGGAGACCUGGUCGAGCUGCUCGCAGAGUUGUGUCAAAGGCUACCGCACCCGUCAGCGAUCCUGCGCUGGACCAGAGGGAAAGAGUGCCCCAGUCGCAUGCCGUGGCUCGCCUGUGGAUUACCAGGACUGUAACAUUCAGGCAUGUCCUGCAUUCACCUCCAUCCACCUAAUUGCUACCGGCGUUUCCUGUUUCUUCGGGGCAGCACUGCUGUCCUUUCUGAUCCACGUCUACUGUCAACAUUUCCAUAAGCCUUUGCAGGAGUCCGCCAUCAUUCACCCCACCACCUUGAACCACCUUAACUACAAGGACAACAUCUCGCCAAACAAUGAGAAGUACACGCCCAUGGAGUUUAAGACAUUUCAGACGUUUUCAUAAACAGAAUGACUGCAGAUAAGACGAAGGAGAAAGAGGGCAUGAGGAGACAACUGAAGCAGCAACAUUGUGGUUGUGAGGUGGAAAAGGAACCGUCAUCCUCCAGCUGUUAAUAUUAGUGAUGGAAAUAUUGUUAGGUUGUUCUAAAAGGAGUCGGCACCUCAAGUUCAUAGCCUGCAAGUUCUGCGGCCAGGCGGUGUCUCAUCCACCUCCUGAUGCUGUGCCUGGUUCUCAACAUUGUGGUUGUGAGGUGGAAAAGGAACCGUCAUCCUCCAGCUGUUAAUAUUAGUGAUGGAAAUAUUGUUAGGUUGUUCUAAAAGGAGUCGGCACCUCAAGUUCAUAGCCUGCAAGUUCUGCGGCCAGGCGGUGUCUCAUCCACCUCCUGAUGCUGUGCCUGGUUCUCAGCAACAUUGUGGUUGUGAGGUGGAAAAGGAACCGUCAUCCUCCAGCUGUUAAUAUUAGUGAUGGAAAUAUUGUUAGGUUGUUCUAAAAGGAGUCGGCACCUCAAGUUCAUAGCCUGCAAGUUCUGCGGCCAGGCGGUGUCUCAUCCACCUCCUGAUGCUGUGCCUGGUUCUCAGCAACAUUGUGGUUGUGAGGUGGAAAAGGAACCGUCAUCAUUAACAUUAACACAGCACCUGCUAAUGAUAAUGCAGAUGCCUUCACACACACACGCGCGCGCACACACACACACACACACACACAC